GCCGCUUGUCCCCCCCCAAUCCUCCUCCUUCCCUCUUCCUGUGCCUCCCGUUCCGGGGUUAGCGCCCGAGUAACCCACACCUCUCUGGGUAAGGCCUGCCAGACAGAAAGAACUCACAGAGCCGUGAGCCUGUGCAGUUGCGGUCGGUCCAGCCUGGCCUGCCUGCCUGUCCAGGUGGUAAGGGUGGUCUACUCUACAUAGGUACGCUACUGAGUGUACCAGUCAGUCGGCUAGCCCACCAGCCCACCAGCCCACCAGCCCACCCGCCCGACGCACUGGCUGCCGGACUGGAGACUGGAGACGUGCUGUAACUGCGCCGCCCUCGCCCGCUUUUCAUUCCCUGCCCUCGUCUAGAAUCCAGCCAACCUCCAACUCUGCCCGGGGUUUCAUUUCAUCACAUUGCUCCCUCCCACCCGCCGCCACUUUACUCUACCCUCUUACUUUUAGUUACUUCUACGCCGCUGCCGCCUCCUCUGCUCCUCCUCCUCCUCCUCUCCACGUCAACCCUCAAAACCCACCCACCCCAUCCCCGUCCGACUCGGACCCUCCUUCGGGAACCAAAAUAAUAAUUCGUGGUCGCAGAGGGAUUUAUUUGCGCUGGCUUGAAUAGAUCGCUGAUUUCCUCCUCGGCUUGUCUCCGUCAAUGGACCAGGUUCGACCCGCCGCCUCUUAAUUGACUUUGCUGUCGGUUGCCGCGGCUCGUCGGUCGCUUAGGCAUGCCCCGUACGCCCUGAGCAGCCCAAACCACCACAACCACAGGCAGACAGGCAGACAGACAGACGCUUCUUCUUUCACCAUGGCCUUCGACAACAUCGACCUGGCCGCCCUGGCCAACAUCGCCGUCCGCACCCUCCAGCACGAGAUCCGCCAGGCCGCAACCAGCGCCAUCUCCUCGGCAACCCCGUCGCCCGACCCGACCCUGGCAUCCUCCGGCUUACCCUCUUCAACUACCCCGUUCGAUGCCCCGACAUCAACACCCCCGAUUGACAACGGCGGCAACAACGGCCAAAAUGGGCAGGGUAAUGGAAACGGUGGUGGCGGCGGCGGCGGACAGGGCUCUUCGCCACUACUCUUCUUCGUAGCCCUCGGCUUUGGUGUGGUGUUUACGAACCUCUGGAUCAUUGUCGGUGUUAAGUACUGCUUCCGUUACAAUGCCAGGAAUCGUAACAUCCGGAUGACGGGUGAGGACGGCGAACCCAUCAACCUCGAGAAUAUGCCCCAGCACCCACGGCGCCGCCGCCGCGAGAAGAAGCUGAUGACCAUGGACGAGGUCAACGAAAAGUUCCCCAUGAUGAAGUACAAAAACUGGGUCGCAAGCCGUGCUCAGGAAGGCCUGCCCACUCGUGGCGGCAUUUCCCAACCACCAAGUCGCGCGAAUAGUAUCCGGGACGCAGACGGCAUCAUCCCCACGAUCAAGGGGCGCGAAUCUACCGAGGACAGACCGGCGACCAGUGGGACAUCUAUCGUCAGAGAGACUACCCGUGAGCCGACCACGGAGCAUGCCGAGAAGGCCACACCUACCACCACCGCAGACGGCGAGGCACAGUCAACAAAUCACGGGACUACCAACGCCACAACAGCACCAGCAAGGACGGACACCCCUGCUUCCGAUGAUGAGCACUACGAAGACGAGGACGACCAAAUCCACGAUGCACUACCACCAGAGGCGCUCGAGUCAUCCGGCGACACUUGUGCUAUUUGCAUCGACACCCUGGAGGAUGACGAUGAUGUCCGCGGUUUGACUUGUGGCCAUGCUUUCCACGCCGUGUGUCUCGACCCGUGGCUGACAAGUAGGCGUGCCUGUUGCCCGCUCUGCAAGGCUGAUUACUACACACCUAAGCCGCGUCAGCCUCAGCCCGAGGGUGCCGAGGGGAUGCAGGCUGGGCCGACCGUCUCGAUUGCCCAAGACCCGCGGACGGCAAGGGCAAACAUGCCUUCUCGACCUGGUGUUGCUUGGAUUUUCUCGAGACGACAAGGACGGAUGGGUGUACCGGGCAGGAGUAGAGAUAACAACGGUUCGAACCAGACCCAGUCGCGCAGCAACACCAACGGGAGACGACAGCGGCGGCAACAGCAACAGCAGCCGCAGCAACAGCAACAGCGUACUGGAUUCUUCUCACGGUCGGGUACGCAGCCAUCAUCACGCCCGACCCCAGCGGCGGCCGAUAAUGCCGCAGCACAGACCACAGAAGCGCGCUCUGGAGGGUUCCUUUCCUCCAUCCGGUCACAACUGCCCAGCUUUGGACGGUCCAACGCGCAAGAGCAGUCGGCCGCAAAUGCACAAGUCACACCGUCGGCCUUGGAGGCCGGUACUCGUGCGGAUGCGGCGAGAUGACACCAGGCAUAAGAGCAUUAGAAUUAUGAAUUUGACGUUAUUAUUUUUGCCACAAAGAAAAAGGGUCUUCAAUCCCACCCCCUCUCCCGAGUACAUUUGCCGGAACUUGUCGACCAAUCCCAAUCGACAUCUGUAUAUCAAACAACCAUCAUCUACCUCAGGACCCAGCAGCCCCUCAAAAUACUGGAUCUCUGUCUUUCCGAUAUUGGCCACUUCAUACUAGGGCGGUCUUUUUCAGUCUACUGCCAUUGUGGUGCGGAAGAGAUACCGUGCGGCUGCUGCUGGACCAAACUCAUAUUCUGACAUAUAUAUGCAUACGUAUCGCACAGCUUGGCGUGACAUCAUCGAACUUCUUUCCCGGGUCGUCCAGGACGGGAGUGUGCUCGUCUCGAUGCUUCUCCACCCCGUGGAGGGGUUCCCCAUGGAUUGGUUGGGUCUCUCGAGAAGACGGGGGAGACUAAGGCCACAGGGAGGCAUGGAGGCUCGGGAUUGAAAGCCAUCCCCAGGACGCGGAAGGGAGGAAGGAUGGAUGGACUGGAAGCAUGGAUGGGUGUGGAUGGGUGUGGAGGGGUGGGGUGGGAUACCAAGCGCACUGACCUUUUUUUGGUCUCCUUGCCCCCCCUCCCCCCAUUGUGGACUGUUGUUGUUCCUCGAUGGAUUUUGAAAUCUUUUUUUCGGGGAGUUCUAGCCGUACCUUGUGUUUCUGUCUGUACUACUGGAGCUCCAACGGCGUUUGCAUCUGGGACCGGGUGGGUGUGGGUUGGUCAGUCAGUCAAGUCAGUCGUUCAGUCAUUCUGCGAAUGGGAUCCCUUUUUCUUUCCCUUCCGCCUGCCGUCGCUGAUAGGCACGGGGGGUGGGGGGAAGACACAAAACACAAAGACAAGAGCUGGGCCGUUCUGGUCUGGUCCUGCGGGGUGUGGUGAUAUGUUUGUUGAGGUCUUCUUGCCCAUGCAUUUGAGGGUGGGUGAUUGGGUGUGCUGUAUAUGUGCAUUUCUCGAAACGGGUGGGUAUCUACUGUCCACGGGUGUGAUGAUCCCGCGCGGUGAGCUUCAGAUACGAGCACCUGCCUACUUGGGUUCCUGGUCCACACGCCCGCCCGCCCGCGGCGUUGUGCCCCAAGCAGGACGAGCCUCUGUCCGCCUGCCUGCCUGCCUGCCUGCCUGCCUGCCUUUCUGCCUUUCUGCCUUUCUUCUUCCCUCACAGGUAAUUCCCCUUCUGGAACCGCCCGCCAAAGUCGGACGCCCUGUUCAGCAGCUCCUUGCGCUGCGACGCCGUGAUCCUCGCCCCGAGGCCCAUGUCCUUCUCGCGGUCGAACGCCCUCUUGCUCGGGUCGUCGUCCUCGUCGUCGUCGUCCCCGCCAGCCUGCUUGCCGCUGCCGCCGGCCCCACCCUUCCUGGCAGCCCGGUGCUCCUCGACCAGGCUCCUCCCGCGCGUCUGCUCCGUGAAGGCGCGGAUCCUGUCCUGCUCCGCCGCGGCCGCCCGGUCUCUGGCGGUACUACCACGACCACCACCACCACCACUGCCGCCCGACCCGCUCUUCCUCUGGUUUUGCUCGUCCGCCCCGUCGCCGCGCCCCAGGACCGCAUCCGCGAGCCGCUUGGCCUUCUGCUCGGGCGUCUCGGUCCAGAUGCUGCUGAUCCCUGACCCGCCGCCGCCGCCGGAGGGUCGGGAGGAAGCCCCCGCGCCGCUGGCGAACUUGCGCGCCUUGAUCUUGGUCGUGUCCCGCUCCUGGUAGCCUGUUGGCUCGGGCGGGGCGAGCAUCCAGCCGUCGCGGGCGGGCUUCUCUGGGGCGGCUGGGGCUGGGAGGGAUGAUGGGCCGGGGUGGUGGUUUCUUGAGGAGGGGGCGGUGCCGGGGAGGGCGGGGCCGUAGUCGUCUUCUGAGUCUGAGUCUGAGUCUGAGCCUGGGUCUGGGCCUGGGCCUGGUGCUGUUGUUGGGCGGGUGGAUAGGUCUGCUGGUGGGGGUGCUGGGCCCAUCACGCGUCUUGGCUGUUGUUGUUGUUGUGGUGCGGUUGGUGGUGGUGCUGGGCCUGUGUUGUCAUCGUGGGAAUCGGAAUCGGAAUCGGAAUGGGCGGCGGCAGCGGCUGUGGGUGGUAGUGAUGGCCCUAUUGAUGGUCUUUGUGGACCUGCCGCUGCUUGUUUUGGCGCACUUGGGCCGUAGCCAUCGUCUGAGCCGCUGUCAUUGUCGUCUAGAGAUAUCUCAUUCUCGUUGCUGGGCCUCGGGGUCUUGGCCGAUGGUGAGCCUGGGCUUUCGUCUUCGGGGCUGCGCUUCCGCUUGGUGAGGUGUGGUGGUAGCUGGGGCCCAAUUGACGACAUUGUGAGGGCCAGGCACUCUUCCGCUGUGUUUCUGGGGGUUUUGGCGUGUUGUGGAGAUUCUGGUGGUAUCUGGGUGGGUGUGGAUUGUGGCUUCAGAAGAGAAAGAAGUGUGAAUGAAGAGGAGAGGUG